GAUGGGCGCCUUAGACUUGGCUUGGGUCCGAACUAGCCAGGCUUGAAUGCGUCUUCAGUUAUAAUUAGCCCUUUUCUGUGUCAAAUGUGAUGUCAAUAUUGAGAGGUUGUGCUAUUAGAGGCAUUCACAGGGGGAGAUGAUCCAGAACUUCAUGUGUAUAAAGGGGGAGAUCAUCCUGGAUAUAGAAUGAGGAAUGGAUUGGCAGAUGUAGAAGUUUUAAUCUGUGGAUAGAAUUCUGUCAUGAGAACUUUGUCUGCUUUGAGCAUAAUUUUAGCUUUCAUUUACGUGGAAGAGGCGGCCAAAAAUCAAUGUUUCCAGUGCUACAACUAUGAUGAUAAAGGAAACUAUUUCUCGUUCUGCCCCAAAAAUGGCACCGCAAAGUUUGGCAUGGCCGCCUUCAGUCCUUGUGACGGGCCGUGUUUCUACAGGAGUGAUGCAACCAACAAAGACUUAAUUGUCAGAGGUUGUACUUCAAUUCUGGGGACCUUACCUUCACCUUUACCCCCAGACGGAUGUUACAACUGGAAUGGUGCCAUAUUCUGUCUGUGUCGGAUGCCGAUUUGUAAUGCGGCCCCACUUCCUGACAAAUCAAAUGGUCUUUCACUAGAUUACAUGGUCAACCAAAUAACGGACACACAAGAUACUGACGGUAUACUUAGGUGCUAUCAAUGCCUCACGUAUGACACCGAAGGCAAAUUCUACCCACAAUGCCCCAAGGACGCUCAGGUGAAUGUCCAGACGACGUUCUUGGACAACUGUACUGGGAUGUGUUUCACGCGGUCUUUCAGUGACAACUCAACAAAGGUAGCCAGGGGAUGCACGUCUAGCCAAUAUGGAUUACCUUAUCCAUUACCUAAUGAUGGAUGCUAUGACUGGGAAGGGGACACUUAUUGUGUAUGUAACAGAUCCAGAUGUAAUGGAUUACCUCUGGGAAAGUCCAGUGGUGUGGAGAUGGACGCUCAUGUAGACUUAAUGAUCUCAGAUGUUGAGGAAGACGGCACAAAACAUUGCUACCAAUGUAUCAACUACGAUGACAAGGGAAACUACUACAAGCAGUGCCCGAAAGACUCCAGAGUGAAGAACGCUUACCAUGCACCAUGUAAUGGCUCCUGCUUCAUCAGGUCAUACGAUUACGACGUCAAAAAGGUAGCCAGAGGCUGCAGUGACAGUCAGUGGGGGCUACCCAAUCCACUGCCACCGGAUGGAUGCUACAAAUACUACUCGGAAACUUGGUGCGUAUGCACUAAGUCCAGGUGUAAUGGUGUAGCGUUAGGCACACCUCAGAAAAUAGAAUUAGAUGCCCAUCUAAAAAGUAGUGGUGGACAACUCAAUGGUGCUAAAUCUGUGGAGGCAUACAGCAUUGUUAUAAUAUUUUGUAUUAGCUGUUAUGUUUAUUUCAUAAAUGUAUAUUUAAAUUUAAAUACAGAAUUAAUUUAAUACAAAAGUGUUUUU